AGAGCUGGAGUCUGUGCUGCAGUCUGCAGAAGUUUUACAAGAAAGACACAACAGUUCAUCAAGAUGACAUCUUUUGAUGUUGGAAAAUUAAUAGUUCUCAUAGAGGAACGUCCCAAUCUAUGGGACACGAGGUGCGAUGCGUACCAUGAUCGGAUACGCAGAGACCGCUCAUGGGGAGAAAUAGGAAAAGAAUUAGCCGGAUCUGAAUGGGACAAGGUGGAUUCAAAGAGAAGACAGAACAAAAUAUCCAAAAUAAAAACACGAUGGAAUACCUGCCGGGAUCAAUUUCGUCGAGAACUGAAUAUGAAAAAAAAGCGCGGAGACGGAUCUUUGUCGAAAAAACCUUAUUUAUAUACUAACCAGCUCCAAUUUUUGAGGCCUAUUAUGGAAAUAAGACCAACUGUUGACAAUCUGGAGGAAGAACCAGCUGAAUCCCGUUCUUCUUUUGAACGAUGCGGUGAAGCAGUAGAACAUGGAUCUGAUCCAGAAGUACAAGCUUCUCAAACUGCCGUGGAUCCCGAAUUAUCCCAGCCUCCUGAUAUUUCCCAGCAAGACCAACCUGCAAGGCCUGGGACCACAGAGCAGGCAGGAGCAGAUUCGCAACGUCAUUCAUCUGGUAGACGUCAGAGGGCCCCUCACCAUGAUUAUGCUUUGGAUACUCGAGCCAUCAUUGAUUUAAGGGCGCUCGAGUAUCUAAAUCAGAAUCGUGGUGAGAGUAAGGAGGAAGGUUUAUUGAGGGGUUUAGCCCCCUAUAUGAGGCGUGUUCCAGAUGAACGACAAACGUGUUGUAUAGCGGCUUUAGCAAUGUUGCUGGACCUAUUUGCAGGGCCUAGUGAACCAAUGAAUGUAGUGCAUCAUAUUGAAAAAGCACGCGAUGAUUUAGUUACAGGUGUGCUACAUCUCAGCCAACCAACCAACUCCUCUUCCUCCUCCAAGGAUUUUUGGUAGUAGCCAAGGAUAUUCUAGAGAUUAAUAUUACGGAGGGGAAUACCCAUGUUCUGGAAAUGUUGCUGAGGCCAGACGUCCUCCAUC